CUUACCUUUGUGCCCUCUGGUCACCAAGAAACAAAUAGAGAGUUUCUUUUUUUGGUCUUUUUACCUGAGAACACUGCUCCUGGGCCUAGCCUUGACCUCUGACUGCCAGUGAUCCUGUUUGCGGGUGAAGAUGUCUGCCUGUGCUAAGCACUGUAAACAUGGACUGGUGAAGUUUGCUGUCUCUGUGCACAAACUGGUGACGGGGACGCUCAACAAAGAUAAGCUGGAUGAUGAUUUGGAGAUGACAAUGGUGUGUCAUCGUCCAGAGGGUUUGGAACAGUUGGAAGCUCAGACCAACUUCAGCAAGAGAGAACUGCAAGAACUCUAUAGGGGGUUUAAAAAUGAAUGUCCUAGUGGGGUUGUCAAUGAAGAAACAUUUAAACAGAUUUACUCACAGUUCUUUCCUCAAGGUGAUGCCAGCACAUAUGCUCACUACCUGUUUAACGCCUUCGACUCGGGCCAGAGUGGCUCCAUCAAGUUCGAGGACUUUGUGACAGCUCUGUCUAUCUUGCUGAGAGGUUCCACACAGGAGAAGUUGCAGUGGACUUUCAACCUGUAUGACAUCAACAGAGAUGGCUACAUUAACAAGGAGGAGAUGACGGACAUUGUGAGCGCUAUUUAUGACAUGAUGGGAAAAUAUACUUAUCCUGCUCUAAAGAUAGACACACCCAAACAGCAUGUGGAUGCUUUCUUUCAGAAAAUGGACAAAAACAGAGAUGGAGUUGUAACUCUUGAUGAGUUCAUUUUAUCCUGUCAAGAGGAUGACAACAUCAUGAAAUCCUUACAACUAUUUGAGAAUGUCAUAUAAAUUGAGCACAUGAUUGAAGAAGGAGGAACAAACAGAAAGCAAAGAAAAAAAAAAGACUGAUUUUUUUUCAGGGAAGUUUACAGCUACUGCAUUCAAGAAGAAAAGUGAAGAAGCUACACCAUUUUGUGCCCUUCAUAUAACCAUAGAAAUCCGUAGGUUCUUGUAGCUGGACAUCAGUGCAACAACACUAUGUCCUAAGCAUGGUAAUAUUUUUUUUUAUUGUUUUUUAGCAAAACUGAUCCGUGACAUUUUGAAACCAGCCUUGUUCUUGUUACUCUUAAUAGCUGCAUGUGCUCAAAAUGUGUUGUGAUAACAAGCUUUACCAAUCCGUAUUAAAAGUAAAAGGUCUAAAAUAAGGGUUAGGUUAAAGUUUUAGCUUUUCAUAUGAAUUUGUUAUUUACUUACAAGUGAAACUAAAUUUUAACAGACUUUCCUUGCUUGUUCAUUUUCUUUUGUUUAGAUCAGGUUCAUGUUAUACCUGAUCAGUUAGCACUUAAAACCAUGCCUUUUGUUCGUUUUAUUUAUAUACAGGGCCGGUAAUGAUCCUUUAAUGUUUGCGAAUAUUUAUCUAUUAGAAAGCACAGUAUAAUGAUCUGUUGAUGACCUGAUAAUCUUGCUCUGAAAGAAGGACGGGGAUAAAUAAGUGAUGCUUAACCAAAGCAAGACUAAGGCAUCAUUGCUGGCAAUGCUUAAAGAAAAAUGUUACUAAAUUAUUAUAAUUUUUACUCAAUACUCUUCCACAAAGAACCAGCCCACACCCUAAAAGAACAGACUAGAUUAACUUUGUUGUGGAAAAUGUAACAAAUGUUAUUAUACAUUUUUUUAUUUUUCAUAAUUUUUUUUUAUAUUAUGAGUCAUAAUAUUUUAGGCCUUAGCAACACAAAGGUUGCUUAGCACUAAAAUAAAAAAGAAAACAGUUCCUCAAACAGUUUAUCAGAGAGAGUUUCCAUUCAGAAAGUAAUCUGUUCAUUAGCCAAAACCCUAAAAGAGUGCCAAGUAUGGUGUCUUUACCAAAAUAGGAAAAUAAAUUAUAGGCCUGAUGUAAAUGCUUAUAACCUAACUAUUAUGUCAUCAUUGUUUGUGACUGAUUUUCAGUUUUUUUUCCUUUCUUCUGGACCAAGCAGGUUUUAUUAGCUUGGUACAUUUUUUUGUCAGCAGUCAGCAUGUUCUUGGAUGUUUCUUCCCUAUUCUAUAAAGUCUAAGAAAUAACUCUUGUGAGUCUUGUGAAAAAGCGGAUUGCUUUUCAGUGUUUCUGUGCUGCUCCUUGCUUGAAAAUUCUGAACCUGGUCUGUCUGUGUUUAUCUGUGUGUAUUUGUGCUGCAGUGUGGCUGUGUUAUUUAUGCAGUGGUGUUGUUUAUUUGUCCUAACACGUUUGUCUCCAGAUUGAUCUGUCUAUCUGUCUGUUUGUCAAACAUUCAUUGUGUUUGAUGUUCUCAGCAUGAGAAUAGGACAUUUCUUAGAGAAAUGCGAUUAGACAGAUGGGUUUUACAUUACCAUGUGUUUUUUUAUACUGUUUAUCACUACACUUUAUUGGUUUUUCCUCAUUGUAUUUGUUGUUUUAUUGUAAAAAAGCUGUGAAAUAACAAACUUUGGCACUGUUCAAUAAGCAUAUAGCCAUAUAACUAUUUAUCCACGCACUGUGAUAUGGAAGAGCUGAGACAGACAGAGAGAGACAGAGAGACAGAGUUUGCUUAGCUUCAAAAGCUAACCAACGGUUACUUGUUGUGAUAAAUAAGCCAUUAUUUCUGUUCAAGGCUGCUGAACUUCCUAAACAUAGCAAUGAUUCAGUAGGUACUACAAAUGCGAAUAAUUCCUAGAAUAUUUCUAGAACAUAUAUGAUUUAGAAAUGGAACUUGUAAAAAUCAUUAAAAUGUGCCUAUAUUAAAUAAUUGUAUGGUUGGAGAUAUUCAGUCAGACAAAAUUGAAGGAAUAUACGCUCACCAGUCUCAUUAAAAAGAGCACCUGUACACCUACACGUUCAUGCAUUUAUUCAAUCAGCCAAUCAUUUAGCAGGAGCGGCCCACUGCAAAUGAACAGAUGAAGAUUGAAAAGCAUGACCUGUAUUACCACUAGUCAGCUGUCCAGUUUUAAUGAGCCCAUACCCUCUGAGGUGUGUUUCUGUUUACUAUGGUUGUAAAGAGUGACUAUUUAAAUUACUGUAACAAUUCUGUUAGUUUUUCUUAUGAUCUCUCUUUUCAAAAAAAAUUUUUUUUUCUGGUCAAUGGAUUUGGUAAACACUUCUCCAAAUCUCUAUAGGUAGUUGUCUGUGAAAUAUACUGCUUGGCACCAAUAACCAUCAUCUUUUUCCUAUUCUGAUGUUUAAAAUGAACAUUAACUAAUUCUCCUGUCCUGUAUCUGCCUGGAUGUAUGUAUUAUGCUAGUGCCACAUAAUUAGCCAAUUGGGUAAUUUUAUGAAUUGGUGAGAGUACAGAUGUUCCUAAUGAAGUGGUGAAUGUAUAUACUACAUCUGGCCAAUGUAACCAAUGGGUAGGUUCGAACAUAUGGUUAAGAAACUAUUACUAGUAUUUAAUACCCAGAUUUAUUACUAAUAAUAAAUUAUAUAAGUAUUGCCAACCACUAAAUUAAUAGAUCAGUAGCAAAAAGUGAAACAUUUAAUCCACUACCUAAUGAGGUUGAGAAAAGCAUGUUAAAAAUUCAACCUAUUGGUUUUGAAAUGACUUGUAGCAAGCCAUGAUUUUGUAAGAAACUAAAGGUAUGACAGACCUUUAUAAAUGUAAUGACAAUUUUGUAACUGUAAUCUUUCUUUUAUCUUUUGUAGUUGUGAGUGCUACAUGCAUUUUCUUUCUUUUUUGUGUGUUUAGCGUUUCUACCGACUGUUAUUAAAAGCAACCUUGCUUUUAAUUUGUUAGGAUCAAAAAGUGGUUUGUGUCCUUGCUAAGCGGUAUUUGCAGGUUUUAUUACAGAACUUCCAGAGUGUGGCUGGUAGAUUCAAAUGACCAGAUGCCCUCUGGUGUUCUUUUCAAUUUUUUUUUUAAUUGGCAAGACAUUUUGAUCUGCAUUUAGUGAUGUACUACUACAAGUAGUGAAUUAAAAUAUUGAAUUACCUACUCUACACAUCAGAAUUUAAUUUCAGU